UAAUUCAUUUUAACGACAAAUUCUUCCCGACGUGUAUGUACAUAUGUAGUUAUUCAGCGGAGAAACAUGUGUUUGUAAACGUGCAGUUUUUAUUUCAUGGUCAUAUUUCUCAUUUUUGUAAAAUAUUUCCAGAAAUUUAAGUAUGAAUUGUUCUAACUUGAUAAGUUUGGUAAUUUUGCUGUUAUUUUGUUCUACUGGGUCUAAUGGCUCGUUCGGUGGUGGUGACGAUGAUGACGCCUACGACGACGACAUUGACGCCCUGACUGGGAUGGAAUGUUAUCAAUGCGUCGAAACCCCGGGGGACCAAGGUCACUUAAGCUGCGAGGUGGAAAGAGGCGAUUACAAUUUGGACGACUUGUUCCACGAAAAUGCGGACGUUUUUGAAAAAAUUCUGGAAAAUGGGGACGACGAAGAUGACGAUAUUACCAAAUUUAUCAGAAAAGCGAUCUCCGCACUGCCGAAAAAUCCUUGUAAUUUAAUUACGAAAAAAGUACUGGAUCUGAUAUCUUCAGAAGAUGACAAAAUCCUCCCGAUUCACCUGGUUUUUGAAGGGAAAGAUGUCAACUCGAGAUAUUUGGAGCUGAAAGAGGCCAUUUCCACGAUCCAGUUUCAAAAACGUGAAUCCUCCUCGUGGCUCACGGUGGAAGUCCAACUUCGAAAUCAGGACGACACAUUUUCCUUCAUUUUGCCCGAUUUUGACCAAGAUUUAGUCAGCAUUCCGGGCAAUUCUAUAUUUUAUACGGCGCUUUAAGAAACAAAUUUUUCGUAAUUAUUAUUUAUUUUUUGGGAAAUUUAUGAAACCUUACAGUUCAAAGAAGGACGCUUUAUUUUGUAACGGAAUUUAAAAAAA